AUGAGGGGCAUCAUACUUUCGAGCAUUGCGCUGGCGGCGCUCCUGGUCAGCGCCAAACCGCCAGGUCCUCAGCCAAGAGGAAACAUGCUGUCGAAGGAUUGUCCGAAGGACGUCAAGCUUGAUCUCCAUGAAGACCAGGGCAUGGACGGCCCGCCUCCUGAACGUGGUGGACAGCAAGGCGCAAAGUCGGGGUCGUCGAAAGACUCGAAGCCCGGCGUGCAGAAGGGUUCCAAGCCUGGUGCGCCGCAGCAGGGCCGGCAUGGGAGAGAUGAGAAUUCGAUCAAUAUCGCGCGUAUGGAGCUGUCCAGUCGAUCCCACGCCUCCGGCAAUCUCGUGCUCCCAGACUCUGGCCCAAUUCUGUCGACCUCUACGACCAUCUAUUCAACCAAAUCUGCAGCCUCUGAGACCGAUAGCCCCUCCAAGCUCGCUCGGUCUGACGACCUGGCUACAGGAGAUAAUCGCAUAGGGCCUACCCAGUUUGCACCCGGACCAGAAGAGUUAGCUGAUGGCAGCGAUGAAGCUGAUCCAGGGACCUCAUCGACAUCAAGCGUGGCUCAGGAGUCCACGUCCACCACCACCGAGGCUCCACGCGAAGCAAAGGCUACCGGUGAAGCUGUUGUGGGUACUAUUGCCAAUAAAGCUGACGGCGAUACGCCUAUGUACCCGUACCCCAACUCCACCGACAACAAUAGACUCUCUGCGUCUGGCCGCGUCGGAACGGGCGUAAUGGCUAUGAGAACGGGUCACGCAAAAGUCUCUGGCGGCAAGAAUGUUCAUACAUCGAAUUGCACGAUUUUGGCCAACGGUGCUAACUUGAAUUCGACUCCUACGCCCUCCGAAGCACUUUCAGGAAGAUUUACUGCCGGUGAGGUUGGAAUUUUUCAAUCUGCUCCUCCCAUGAUCCGACGAUCACCAAUAUUCGUAUUCGGGAAGAAGAACAAGACUUGCCAGAAAGGGCAUCAAUUUGACAAGAAAAAGAACAAAUGCCAGCCUAUCGCCGGUUACCACAAAGAUGCCUGCGUUGCUCCUCAAGAGUUCGUCGCUAAGAAGAUACAGUGCUGUAGGAAGAACAAACUGCGCAUGUGGGUGGAAUGCGUUGCUUCAAGUCCGAAGGCUGGCCCGAACCCAAGCGCAACGCCCUCUCAAGAUGCCAUGCCGAGCAGUUCAGGCCAACCUGGCAGCUCCAACGGUGCUGGUGGAGACGAGCAUGGAAAAAAUGGCGGCGACGUCGGCGGUUCAAGUGGCCAACAUGGAACAUACUCGGACGCUAAUGGUGGUGGCGACAACAUCCAUGGCAAUCAGAAUCCAUCACAACAAAACGGCGAGGGAUAUCAGCAUGAUGGUAGUAUGGGAGGUGGUCAACAGGAAGGCUCCUCGGGUGAAGGUGGUUCGCAAAGCGAUCCAGACAGCGAGGGAUCCAAUGCUAGAUACGGCGACACUGGAAGCAACGAACCUGGCUCUGACCCGGGCUAUGACUCCGGCUACGAAUCUGGUGAUGGAUCUGGCAGUGACUAUGGCAAAGAGCAUCGCACCUCCGGGUCAGAACACCAUCCAGUAAAGGACAGAAGCUUGUCCCCUCGAUGGUGGACGAAGAACCAAAACAAUGACAAGUACAAAGGCUGCCAGACAGGCCAAAUCCUCAAUGCGGCGACACGCAAAUGCAAGAACGACCCUAGCUACGUCAAGUUCAAGAAUUGUCAAAAGGGUCAAUACUGGGACAAGCAUGUGCAGAAGUGUCAACCGGAACCUGGCUACAAGGGAAAUAUAGCGUGCCCGCCUGGUACAGACUGGGAUUCGCAGAAGCAGGAUUGCGUUCGAUCGAACCCUCUUCCGAAUUCUGGAGGCCAGUAUGGUCAGAAUCAGGGAGGUGGUGGGUAUAACGACAAUCAGCCAGGACAGUACAGCCACAAUCAGCCUGCAGGACAUAACGCCAAUCAGAAAGGUGGGUCUCAAGGUUGUGGGUAUGGUCAAGGCGGAGACCAGCAUGGUGGAUCUAUGAACAGUAACUACGAUGAAGGGAAUCAGCAUGACACAUCCACAGAUUACAACCAUCAGAACGGCGAAUCCAGUCAUGGCUACAAUGAUAAUGGAGCCAACGAAUACGACGACACUUCCGGCAAUGAUCAUGGUGGUGAUUCUGGCGGAGAGCCUCCCAACGCUGAUGGACACGAAGACGGGGGCCCAAACGGCCAAGGUGACAGCUGGAAACGAUAUCUUCAGACUGCAGGAAGAAGCCUAGACUAUGAAAGCGGCCAACUCCACGCUGUGACAGAAGCGGAAAAACGACACACUGCGAUCGUCAGAACGACAUCCACGACUCGCGUGAGGAGAGCUCCAUCGGCGGCAGCUCAAGACCCAUCUGUCACAAGCCGCCAACCCAUCGAAGACGCAGAAGACUAUGGCGAAGGCGACAAGACUACGUGA